AUGGCGCCACGACUCAGUCUCACACAGCCCACGACGGGCAAAGUCGCCAUUGCACCGCCGCGGAUCAACUUGCGCAGGGCCGCAUCUUACAACGACCGCAUCUCCGGCCCCAUCUCUUCCACGUCGUCCACUUUCAACUUCAACCAUCUCCUUUUCUCGCCGCCCCCUUCACCUGGCCUUCCUGCCCUCGUGCCGCGACAGCGCAAGAGGUCGGCCUCGGACCUGAUAUUCAAAGCUCGGCCAAGUCGAGUGCUCAGAACCAUCCUUUGGUUUAGCACUCUCUGUGCGGCCUUUUACUUUUCCGUCUCUGUCGCCUUUCGACACCGACAUGUCAUCCCCAUUGUGCUGCCCUACUUCGGCGAUCCUCAGUACGAGAUGGUUGGGCAGGACAGUUUCCCCGACUUCCCCACGCCUGUAGUCGUGCAUGACGCCAAGAAGCGACCGAGAUGGACAGUGUUUGUCCCUCGAAAUUACGAGUUUCCCUUGUCCGUAGACGAGUACUCGGCAAUGAAUGCUCUCUGCCGGGAAGUGUCCGCUCGGACCAGAGACCUUCAUCACAAGCCGCCCCUGUCUGAUCAGACGCUUCUGCUAAAGGGCAAAUCAGACGACUAUUUCGUCGAUGUUCACGAAGCCGAGCAGACCGGCCUCUUAUCCGUGAAGCCCAAGGGACAACCGCCAAAACACUCUGGACAUUUUGUCGGGCUAAGCUUGGAAUCCAAGUCGGGAAAGCCCUUUUGCGACAGGUCGUUGACGUACGUUUUGGAAAGCUCCAACGCGGGUCUGGGCGAGGCCAUGAUGGCUUUGUGGACCGUCUACUCCCUGGCAAAGGAGCAGGACCGGUCCUUCUUUAUUGACGAUUCUCGAUGGGCUUACGGUGCCUACACGGAUGUUUUCGGCCCGCCACCCGUUCCCCGCUGCCGACCGCCACCGCGACAUCAGAUGCUUCCCUGCCCGGCACAAGCUCGGCACCUGGUUGUGUCGAGUCAAACCAUCAGGGAUGUCUUGCCCGCUUUGCUCGCCAAGCACCAGCAGCAGAAAAAGACUGCCCUCGGCACGCGACAUCUCUUCGAGCUUGCCCACCACGGCUACAAGGCGCUCUUUGCCCUGUCAAAAGAUGACGACGCCUAUGUGUCCAAGAGAAUCCAGCAAAUCAGAUCCAAGGCCAAGGCCAAAGCAAGCAAGUUGGCCGUGGAUUCACCAGUGAUUGGUUUGCAUAUAAGGCACGGAGACAGACAUCCGUACGAAAACCAAUACCGCGAAACCUACAUCCCAUCCGAGGUCUUCGCGAGCCAGGCCUACAACCUGGUGGCAGAAUACUACAACAGAACCACCAGCAUCAAGCCCGACCAGCAUGACGCUGUCAGAAUCAUUGCAUCCGACGAUCCCAUGGUCCACGAGGAAGGAGAAUUUUCAGACGCAAUGAUGGCCCAGGAGCGGAUUCGCCUGGCCACAAAACAAGUCAUUGAGGGUGCCAACAAGGACCCGCACUACCUCCACCGCUUCGUAGACGAAGCGUUUGGGUGGGAAGGGGGGUUUUUCGCCGCCAUGUUUUGGAACCUAGGCGGGAAACCCAGGAGCAAUGCCGCAGGGGAACAUGAACCAGGCCGUGAUGGUGACGAAAUGGCGCGACUACGGAGCCUCGUGGGGCGUGCUUAUGCGAUGGACAUGGCGGUGCUGGCUGGCGCGAGCGACAAGGUUGUCUGCGCGGUGAGCGCCAUGGGCUGCCGGUUACUGGCCGUCAUGAUGGGCUGGACCCGAGCCAUGGAGCAGCACGACUGGGUGAAUGUGGACGGGGAUUACGGCUGGGCCGGACUUGUGUGGUGA